AUGAAGCGCUGGAAGCACCGCCGCUACGUGAACGACGACGACAGCGCCGCCGCCGCGUUCGACGCCAAGUACGGCGUCCCGAACGUCGAGUACGUCUCGAGCGCGCGCGAGAUGCACGGGAACCCGUGCUACGUCCCGGAGGCGGACGAGGCGAUAUCGGACGAGGAGAUCUCGCGCGCGCUGCGCGACGACGACGACGGAAGCCACGGAAGCCACGGAAGCCACGGAAGCCACGGAAGCGCGCGCACCGUGGACGGGAUCCGACGCACGCUGCGCGCCGGCGCGGAGCUCUGCCACGCGUUCAAGAGGGACCCGACGUGGAACGCCCUCGGGCUGUGCGAGGACGUGCGGAAGCGGAUGCUGUACGUGAGCGCGAUGUUCGACGACGACGUCGACGGGUUUCGCAAGGUGCGUUCUAUACACUGGUCCCCAUACGAUCCCGUUUGCGUGGUGAACGCCGAUCCUUAA